UCUCCUGUGAGCGCCAGCGUAUAAAAGGGAGGAGCACUCUCUGAGUCCUACACAUUCUGAGUGAGGAUCAGCGCAGGCAUUGCACACACACACAGUAAUCAUGUCCAGUGGAGAUUCCAAGUCCAAGACUUCUUCCCAGACCGACGGGAAGGCCGCUCAGAGCAAGAAGUCUGAGAUGGGAAUGAACGCCUACAAGAUGUACGUGUUCGACCAGGAGAACUUCCAGGGUCGCAUGAUUGAGAUCAGCAACGAGUGCAUGAAUGUGUGUGAGAUGGGCAUGGACCGUGUGCGUUCCCUGCGUGUUGAGUGCGGACCCUUCGUGGGAUUCGAGCAGAUGAACUUCUGUGGUGAGAUGUACAUCCUGGAGAAGGGAGAGUACCCCCGCUGGGAUUCCUGGAGCAACUGCCAGAAGAACGACUACCUGCUGUCUUUCAGGCCCGUGAAGAUGGACCCUGAGAAGCACAAGAUCUGCCUGCACGAGGUGGGAGAGUUCAAGGGCCGCAAGAUGGAGAUCAUGGACGAUGACGUUCCCAGCCUGUUCUCCUACGGCUUUACCGACAGAGUUGGCAGCAUCAUUGUCAGCUGCGGAACCUGGGUGGGAUACCAGUUCCCUGGAUACCGUGGCAGCCAGUACCUGCUGGAGAAGGGAGAGUACAGGCACUUCAACGAGUUUGGUGCCCGCCAUCCUCAGUUCCAGUCCGUGAGGCGUAUCCGUGACAUGCAGUGGCACCAGCAGGGCUGCUACACCAUGGCCAGCAAGUGAGGCUCAGGGAAGGAGAGAAAGAGAAAGAGCGGAUAUGAGGGAGAGGGGCGGAGGAAGAGGGAAAGGGGAAGAGAUGUGUGAGGCCUUUAUCUCAGUAACUUCAAGAGGUCUAAGAUCUAACGCAGUGAGGGGAAGGGUGAGGAUCUGUUUCUGCCCCUGAAUUGAGACAUCACCUCCGUGGAAGGACCAGCUGGGCCUGAGGAAAACCACCAGACCACCCUUCAUCCCUCUCUGUCUCUACUUUUCUCUUUCUCCCCUAUGGGCUGAGCUUUGCUUACCUCCCUCCUUUGUCCUUUUUUAAAAAUCCCCUCAUUCCACAGUCCUUUGAGACACCAAAGAGGGAGCAGGACACCUCUUGCUGUUUUACACACAAUUCUCGGCUCAGGGUUUGAUGUACCAUGGGAAACCAUGACCCACGGACUCCUCAAAGUCCCCUGUCCCUGUCUUCUAGCCCCUGUGCAUCGCACACCCUCUCUGCUGUACAGAAUCCUGGCCAAGUUUUCAAUAAAAACCUAAAUCUGAAUUUCAA